UAAAAAAUUUGAAAUGAAGUGGCAGUUUUGUAAUUGUGGAGUCAUGCGAGGGCAAUUUGUGCAUGAGUGUCAGUGGAAAAGAGGACCGCCCUUUCCCUCUCUUCUUCCUCUUCUCUUUCAACCUCCACCUGCAAUAGCAUGCACCCAACCCCCCAUCCCUUCUCCAUCACUCCAAAAACCUCGCCCCCACAAAAUGCCAAAAUUACAAGACAUACCCUUCCUUUCCCUUCUCUCACCCUCGUUACUUGCCCUUCUCCUCCUCUUCACAGCUGCAGAAGCAGCUUUACAUUUCGAGGCCCCUUUUUCUGAUAAAACAGCCCUUCUUCGCUUCAAAUCUUCUAUAAAAGAAGACCCUUUAGGCCUUCUAUCCGAUUGGAACCCUAACGACAACGACCCCUGCUCUUGGAAUGGCGUCACGUGCGACCCUCGCUCUGGAAGGGUCACAUCCCUCCUUCUAUCUCCCAACCGCACGUGCCUCUCUAUUCCCAUCUCUUCUGCUAACCCUAACCCUAAUUUCUCUUCCUGUUUUGGGUUUGAUUCGUCUUCUGGCGGAAGGAAUGGUGCGGCGAUGAAGGGUCAGCUAUCGCCGUCUGUCGGCAACCUCACCGAGCUUAGGCUUUUGUCGCUGGGAUUUCAAGAUUUCUUUGGUGAGCUUCCUUCCGAGAUAGGAAAGCUCCGAUCUUUGCAGAUUCUCGACCUCGGAUUCAAUAGGUUUGAAGGCAGAAUCCCACCGUCAAUGGCGGGUUGCGGUCAACUGCGGGAGAUUAAUCUCGCUGGGAACCGUCUGAACAGUUCCGUCCCGGUGUUCUUUGCACGGUUUCAGAAUCUUCGGUUCCUGUCACUGUCCUUCAAUAGGUUCAAGGGCCAGAUCCCAGAUGAAUUUGGAGAGAAUUGCGGAACACUUGAACAUUUGCAUCUUGCGGGGAACUAUCUUUCUGGUUCGAUACCUUCGAAUUUGGGGAAUUGCAGUCGACUCCGGUCAUUGGUGCUGGCCUCGAAUCAGUUAGAGAAUGGCAUUCCGUCGGAUAUUGGGAGACUUAGAAGGCUAGAGGCCCUUGAUUUGUCGAGGAAUUUCUUCAGCGGGGUUAUACCGUCUGAGUUGGGGAACUGUAAACAGUUAGAGUUGCUGGUUCUGAAGAACAAUUUCAAUCUGCUAUUGGUAAGAGGUGGUGUGGGUUUGAGUGAUUAUGUGGAAGAUUUCAAUUAUUUUGAGGGGGACUUGCCUAAAGUGAUUGUAAGCCUUCCCAACCUUCGAAUUCUUUGGGCUCCUAAUGUGAAUUUGGAGGGCGGUUUCCCUCAAGACUGGGGAUCUUGUGGCAGCUUGCAAAUGGUGAAUUUAGCUCAGAACUACUUUACUGGUGGGAUUCCUGCAUCACUCAGUCAAUGUGAGAGCUUGCAUUAUCUUGAUUUAAGCUCCAACCAGCUGAGUGGGGGCCUCUCCGCGGAGCUUCCCGUUCCUUGUAUGGUUGUGUUUAACACCAGCAGGAAUUUGUUGUCAGGUGAUAUUCCAAGGUUCUCCAAUAACAGGUGCCAUGAAAUCCAGAUGAAUUUGCCAGGAGAGCAAUUGGGUAUGUCUGAUUUUUAUUCUUCUCUCUUCUAUUCUGCUGCACGUAUGAGCAUAUCAGCCUUUCUGUUAUCUUCUUCCUCUGAUAGUUUAGCCAUUCUCCAUGAUAUUAGUGAGAAUCGGUUUACAGGUCCUGUCCCAGCAAUGCCGAUUGCCUUCAGCCUAUUGGCAACACGGCCACUGUAUGGUUUUCUUUUAAACGAUAAUAAUCUUGUGGGGAAUUUGUCAGCAUACCCUUUUGAUCCAUGUGCCCAUUUGGAUAGCCUGAUCAUUGAUAUUAGUGGCAACGGAAUCUUUGGUGAACUUCCUUUGGAGAUGGGUAAUCAUUGUAAAUGCUUGAAAUAUUUGGAUGUGGCACAGAAUGAAUUUGUUGGAUCAAUACCUCCAAGUUUCGCUUACUUUGAUUCUCUGGUUUAUGUUGACCUCAGUCGAAACAAGCUUCAAGGCCAGAUUCCAUUAUAUUUUGGCCAGAUGAAGGAGAUGAAGCAUCUCUCACUAUCCGUUAAUAGUUUCACUGGUAAGAUACCGCCAGACUUAGCUCGGUUGGCAUCGUUAGAGGUUCUGGAUCUUUCAUCAAAUUCCCUCUCAGGGGAGAUACCGGCAGGAUUUGCAAAGCUACAGCAUCUUACUGUUCUACUACUAGAUAGCAAUGACCUCUCUGGGCAGAUUCCUGCUGGCUUCAGUAAUUUGACUGUUCUCUCAGUUUUCAAUGUCUCUUUCAACAAUCUAUCUGGAUCUCUACCGCCUAAUUUGAACUGGAUAAAAUGUGAAAGUGUGCAAGGAAAUCCUAAUCUUCAACCUUGUCGUGUGCCGCCUUCAUCAUCUCCCUCAUUUGAACAGAACACUAGCGUUCCCCAGCCUGAAGCAUUUUCUCCCGCCAGAAGCAAGCCUCAGAAGGGCAACAGGUUCACCCCUAUUGAGAUUGCUGCAGUCUUAUCAGCCUCUAUUAUAGUAUCUGUUCUCAUAGCCCUUGUUCUGAUCCUUCUUUGCAUGAGGAAGUGUGUUUCGAAGACUGAUGGUCAACGGGGGGGGAAGAAAGAGGUAAUUACUUUCAAUAAUAACAUUGGUGUUCAACUUACAUAUGAAAAUGUUGUGAAGGCUACUGGAAAUUUCAAUGUCCAAAACUGCAUCGGGAAUGGAGGUUUUGGAGCCACUUACAAAGCUGAAAUAAUUCUGGGUGUGGUAGUGGCAGUAAAGAGGCUGUCAAUUGGGCGGUUUCAGGGUGUCCAGCAGUUUGCUGCCGAGAUCCGAACUCUCGGACGGGUGCAGCAUCCUAACCUUGUAACUUUGAUAGGUUACCAUGCUAGUGAGGCGGAGAUGUUCCUCAUCUACAACUAUUUGCCCGGGGGCAAUCUGGAAAGAUUCAUUCAGGACAGGUCGAAGAGGACUGUUAAUUGGAGUAUGCUCCAUAAGAUUGCUCUAGAUAUUGCUCGAGCACUUGCUUACCUGCAUGACGAGUGUGUCCCACGAGUCCUUCACCGGGAUAUCAAACCAAGCAACAUAUUGCUGGACAAUAACUUCAAUGCCUAUCUAUCAGAUUUCGGCCUGGCUAGGCUUCUGGGUACUUCCGAAACCCAUGCCACUACAGAUGUUGCAGGGACUUUUGGAUACGUUGCUCCUGAAUAUGCAAUGACAUGCCGUGUCUCUGAUAAGGCGGAUGUGUACAGCUAUGGAGUUGUUCUUCUAGAGCUGAUUUCAGACAAGAAGGCCUUGGAUCCCUCAUUUUCUUGUUAUGGGAAUGGCUUCAACAUUGCUGCUUGGGCCAACAUGCUGCUCAAAGAGGGACGAGCGCAUGAGUUCUUCACAGCAGGACUGUGGGAUGUGGGACCACAGGAUGAUCUGAUUGAAACGCUUCAUUUGGCUGUCAUGUGUACAGUUGAUUCCCUGUCCACAAGGCCUUCUAUGAAGCAGGUUGCCCAGCGGCUGAAGCGGAUUCAACCCCCAAUGUGUUAGCGAAGGUUUUCGGUGUAUUCCGUUUCUGUAAGCUAACAAUACUAAGCUAAUUGAUCAUGAUUUUACAACACUAAUUAUCUUAUUGUUUCUGAGUUAAAUGUCAUGUAAAAAGAAGCAAAGCUCUCCUUGUAAUAUAUCGAAGCCAUUUUUCCAAAUAUUUAUUCUUCUUUGGAAGGGACAAUUACUCA